CCCCCACAACCUCUCAAUCCCAUUUCAUCUCCACAACAUACAAAUCAUGGGCAGCACCACCGCACUCACCGCCCCAAUUCCGGUCACCUCCUUCCUCCGGCGGCAGCAGCCGGUGACCGGGGUAAGCCUGAGGCCAUUUCCCAACGUGGGUCAGUCUCUGUUUGGGCUGAAACUCGGCAGCAGCCGCGGUGGAAGCAUGACAGUGAUGGCAUACAAGGUGAAGCUGAUUACACCAGAGGGAGAGAAAGAGAUUGAAUGCAGCGGCGAUGAUUACAUUCUUGAUGCGGCGGAGGAAAGCGGCGUUGAUCUGCCGUACUCUUGCAGAGCAGGGGCGUGUUCUUCGUGCAUUGGGAAGCUGAAAUCAGGGAAAGUGGAUCAAUCUGAUAACAGCUUUCUUGAUGAUCAACAAAUGGAAGAUGGGUGGGUUCUGACUUGUGUUGCAAGGCCUGAAUCUGAUAUUGUAAUUGAGACCCACAAGGAGGAGGUCUUUGCUGAUUCUGCCUAAUUUUUUUGUUUUCAUCUUGUUGUUCAUCAGUCAUUUAAGGUGUGACGAGAGUAAGCAAAAUGGAUACUGUUUUUACCUUUGAACUUGAUUUCAUAUUAUCUCUCUGUUUAAUGUUUGUAUGUCUUUGUUUAUCAAUGGUUUAAUCUGAUUUUGUUGACUUGGGUUCUGUUCA